UCCUCCCCCUUUUCCUUUCCACGCCCUCCCACGGCACCUUCAUUCCCAGACCCCUUUCCCCUCCCCCUCCUCCGCCCUCCUCCCCCUUCUCGACUCCUCCGACGCGCCCAGCGCCAUCCGGCGAGCUCCACCGCACCACCGGCGGCAGCGAAAGUGCGGGGGCUGAGUCUGUAGGAGGCGGCGGCGGCGGAGGAGGAGGUGAGCCGAGCAGAGUCGAGGCGAGGCGAUGGGGCAGCAGUCGCUGAUCUACGCGUUCGUGGCGCGGGGCACCGUGGUGCUGGCCGAGUACACCGAGUUCACCGGCAACUUCACCACCAUCGCCGCGCAGUGCCUGCAGAAGCUCCCCGCCAGCAACAACAAGUUCACCUACAACUGCGACGGCCACACCUUCAACUACCUCGUCGAAGACGGAUUCACGUAUUGUGUAGUUGCUGUCGAAUCAGUUGGGCGACAAAUCCCCAUUGCUUUCCUGGACAGAGUUAAGGAAGACUUCACCAAAAAAUAUGGAGGUGGGAAAGCAGCUACUGCCGCAGCAAACAGCUUGAAUAGGGAGUUUGGAUCAAAGCUUAAAGAGCACAUGCAGUACUGUGUGGACCACCCUGAGGAGGUCAGCAAGCUUGCCAAGGUGAAGGCCCAAGUCUCAGAAGUCAAAGGAGUUAUGAUGGAAAACAUUGAGAAGGUUCUUGACCGUGGUGAGAAGAUUGAGCUGCUUGUUGACAAAACUGAAAAUCUGCGUUCUCAGGCACAAGAUUUCAGACAGCAGGGCACCAAGGUGCGGCGAAAGAUGUGGCUGCAAAACAUGAAAAUCAAGCUUAUCGUCCUGGGCAUCAUCAUCGCGCUCAUCCUCAUCAUCAUCCUGUCGGUGUGCCACGGCUUCAAGUGCGGCAGCAAGUGAGGAGUGGGGUGGUGGGACUUACAGAUGGGCCCGUGCCUGCACCGGCGAGAGAAGACCAUGUGGAGUUUUGUUUUGCUCUUUUAGUCGUCGUGUCGAGUCCUGCGCUGAUUAUUCUUGGUGGUCAUCAAAGGGAGUUGUUCCUGAUGUCGGUGUUGAUUGCUGUUGGAUUGGUCGGGAAGUGACUGGGUGAACCGGGUGAAACGGGGGUGUUGUGUCGUGUAAUUUUGGAUGCUACUAUUUGUGCAUGUAUAGCUUGUGUGCUACUACCCUGGUCCAUGCUGCUGCUACUCCUAUAUCAGUAGAUGUUACGUACUACGUUUGCUCCCUGGAUUGCAGGCAA